CCAAUCGUAGGCCGAGUUGGUAGGUCAAUGUCAAGGAUAUUAUUCAGGGUCAAUGCUGCCAGGUCAAAGGUGAAAAUUCGACAGCUAUGGCAGGACAGCUGAGGUUUGACGGAAGAGUAGCUCUGGUCACCGGUGCUGGAAAUGGGCUUGGCAAGGCCUAUGCACUAGCAUUAGCAGAAAGAGGAGCUGCUGUUGUAGUUAAUGACCUGGGAGGUGAUAUCAAAGGUGGAGGCAAAAGCUCAAAGGCAGCUGAUACCGUUGUAUCUGAAAUCCGAUCCAAAGGUGGAAAAGCAGUUGCAAACUAUGAUUCUGUGGAAGAGGGAGAGAAGCUUGUACAGACAGCGCUUGAAAACUUUGGAAGGAUUGAUAUUGUUAUCAAUAAUGCUGGAAUUCUCAGAGACAAGUCUUUUCCAAGGAUCAGUGAUGAUGACUGGGACAUUAUCCAAAGGGUACACUUGAGGGGGUCAUUCUUAGUUACAAGAGCUGCCUGGCCGCACUUGAGAAAACAGAAUUAUGGCAGAAUCAUAAUGACGUCUUCAACCUCAGGCCUUUAUGGCAACUUUGGCCAGGCUAAUUAUGCAGCAGCCAAAAUGGGCUUGCUAGGGUUGAGCAAUACGCUGUCUAAAGAAGGUGAAAAAAAUAACAUCAUAUGCAAUACAAUCGCCCCUGUUGCUGGUUCACGCCUCACACAGACUGUCAUGCCCCAAGAAUUGGUGGAUGCAUUAAAACCAGAGUACGUGGCUCCUUUGGUUGUGUACCUCUGUCAUGAGUCUUGCCCAGUGUCAGGAAAGCUCUUUGAGCUGGGUGCUGGAUGGUUUUCACAGACUCGUUUUGAGCGAGCAAAAGGUGCUCUGCUUAGAGAAGGAAAUGACUUCGUAAAACCAGAAGAAGUGAGAGACAACUGGGAGAAAAUAACAGAUUUUACAAACAGUGAUAAACCUACAACUGGCAAUACAGAAUUCCUAGCUACACUGUUGAGCUCUUCAAAAGAGGAGGCACCUAAACAAACAGAGAAGAGAAGUUUGAAGGAAAAUAUCCAGAGUUUCCAGCCUCCUCCAGUAACCUUCAAAUAUACUGAGAGAGAGGCCAUUCUGUAUGCCUUGGGUGUUGGAGUUUCCACACAGCAACCUGAUUAUUUGAAGUUUCUUUUUGAGCUGUCUGAGGAUUUCUCUGUACUUCCCACAUUCGGUGUUAUCCCAGCCUUUGACACAAUGAUGAACUCUCUGCACAGUGGCAUACCUGGAUUUCCAAUUGAUCCAACCAGGAUCCUUCAUGGAGAACAAUAUCUUGAGCUGUACAAGCCCUUUCCAAAAUCUGGAGCAUUGAAGUCUACAUUGCGAGUAGUAGAUAUUCUUGACAAGGGUUCUGGAGCUUUGAUCCUUUACAAUGUACAGACAGUAGAUGAAAAAAAUGAGCCCGUUGCUUUCAACCAGUUUGGUACCUUUGUAACCAAGGCUGGCAAUUUUGGUGGGCCUAAAUCGUCACCCGAGGCAAGACUAACAGCAGAUCCUCCAUCAAGGCCUCCAGAUGCAACUAUGUCUGAGAAGACCUCUGUGGAUCAGGCUGCUUUGUACAGACUCUCAGGCGACAGAAAUCCUCUUCACAUAGACCCUAGCUUUGCUGCCAUGGGAGGAUUUGCACAGCCCAUUUUACAUGGCUUGUGUUCCUUUGGCUUUGCUGUGCGUCAUGUAAUGAAGACAUUUGCUGACAAUGACAUGACGAAAUUCAAGGCUGUGAAGGUGCGGUUCUCAAAACCUGUACUACCAGGCCAGACUUUGCAAACUGAGAUGUGGAAAGAGGCAAAUCGUAUAUUUUUCAGAACAAAGGUUGUUGAGAAUGGAAAUGUGUGCAUUUCAGGAGCAUAUGUUGAUCUAAAAGAAGGAAGUAAUACUAGCCAAAAAACAGUCACUAAGGGGAACAAUGAUAGUCUCCAGAGUGAUGCCAUUUUUGAAGAGAUGGCAAGACAGAUAAAGAGUCGAUCUGACCUUACUGCCAAAAUCAGUGCCAUUUUUUUCUGGAACAUUACAAAAAAUGGAAAAGUGGCCAACACUUGGACAAUUGACAUGAAGUCACCUAAGGCUGGAGAAGUGUAUCAGGGACAGCCCCGAACAGGCAAAGCAGACUGCACAAUAACCAUUGCAGAUGAAAAUUUUAUGUCAUUGGUGACCGGCAAGCUUGCUCCUCAGCAGGCAUUCCUCAGUGGAAAGCUAAAGCUCUCAGGAAACAUCAUGUUGGCACAAAAGCUGGGAGAAAUACUAAAUGCUGUACAAGCCAAGCUCUGAAAUGUUCUCUGUAAAGAACACUGUCUUUUAUGUUCUCAAUCAGAUUCUUACAAGUUUAUUGAGAUGAUACUUUAAAAAACAAAAUCUUUAUGAACAAUCAUCAAAUUAUAGUUAGAAAAACUGCAAGAUUAUUUCAUCAUUCGAUUGUGGAUGGCACUAUUGUAUGCUUACAGAGGCUCUUGUGAUGACUUAAGAUGCGCUGAGAAUUAUUGUUGUUGUAAGUUUACUUGAUGAAGACAAAGCAAUUACACGUUAUAUAAUGAACUGAAAAGAGAAGCACUUGAGCUACUUUAGCUGCAAGAUGUUGAAAGGCUUAUGGCUGCUCAAUAUUUACUUUCAACUUGCCGCUGCUACAAAUAAUCAGUGUUUUUAGAUGCAGUCAGUGACAUUUAAAGCUGUUAAGUUGUUAAUAAUUUCAAAUUGUUAUUGUUUUAAAACUUGUUUACUUGAUUCCAGACAUUCUUUUGAUUUGUUGAAUUUUGUUUAUGAUAAUUAGUUACUGUGUAUGCAGAGAUCACCAGAUAUGUAAUAUCCUGAUGUCCAAGGGUGUUUUCUGUUGAACAGUCUAUUUUAAUACAUUGUCUGUAGUGUGGACAAGAAUGACCCAUUUACUGCCUUUUAUUGGUUAUAUUAAUUUAACUGUUGACACAGUUAUAUUAAUAAGCUUAUUCAUGUAGCAGUGUGCACUACUACAUGAAGACCAUGUACACAUUGAGGAAAUUAACGAUUCUUACUUGGCACGAAAUUUGAUAAUUCCAAAUUAUUCUAAAUAUAUCUUAACAGAUCAGAUUUUAAGGGUAUGUUUAUUUAUCUUGCACCUACAAUAUUUGACUGUUUUAUAUUGUUGUAAUGAUUCAGUAAAGUGAUUUGCUGAAA